AUGAUCACCGCCCGCGCUAUGAAGCGUAGACGGCUGGCCGAAGACGCUAGGAUCGCCGCCGCUUCCAUACCUGAUCAGCCCCAGAACAUUUUCCUCAAUUUACCCCAGGAGAUCCGCGAUCAGAUCUACACAUUCAUCUUCAAGAAGAGCCGUGCGAUGGAGUUCUUUUUGCAAAUCUUGUGUCUGCCUUUGUGUCCCAUCUUACUUACUAAAGGAGAGAUACGAAAGUUACUCAGAAAAUACCAGAGGCUUUCCAUUAUGGAUGUUAACUUGCAAAUAGAUGUUGUACGAAGCCCUAGAAUUCAUUGGAAGAAUGCAUACUCUCAAGCCAUCUGGCACGACUUCAAGGCUGGACGAAACAAGGAAAGUAGUGCCCAACCCACUCAUUUUUUUUUCAAAAAAGCUGUCCGUGAUAUUCGCCUCUGCCAUACGCACGGUAUCACGGACUUCCACUGGCUGUACAGAUUAGUCACGAUUGACAACGACUUCCAUUAUAGGGAACGUGACUUCCUAUGCCUUCUCAAGCAGGCGCAGGCGCAGGCAACCGAUCUGUGUCUGGAGCUCUACUGGGAUUGCUGGACAUACAAACAACGAGAAGAAGCUUUGUUGGAAUCCUAG